AUGGGCUUGACUGGUACCAUCCCACCACAAUUUGGCAACCUUUCUUUUCUUGUUUCACUUGAUCUAAGCUACAACAAUUUCCAAGGUGAACUUCCACCAGAGUUCACUCGUUUGCUAAGAUUAAGAGCCAUUGAUCUUAGUUUCAACUUCUUGUCUGGACAAACUCCUCAGUUAUUGGGUGAUUUAGAAGACCUUCGAAUGCUCUCUCUGGAAAACAAUAGUUUCAGUGGGUUUAUUCCUUCUUCUAUCUCUAAGAUGAAGAAUCUUGAAUUCUUGAAUCUGAAGUACAACAAUCUGGAAGGAAAUAUUCCUAUAGAAAUAGCAACUCUUCAGAGAUUGAAACAAUUACAAAGGCUUGGACUUAGCUCCAAUAUGUUAAGCGGAGAGCUACCAAGAAGCAUAUCUGAAUGCGCACAACUUCAAGUCCUAUUGUUGUUUCAAAAUAACAUUGUUGGAACAAUUCCAAGAGAAGUAGGUAACUUACUGCUGCUGCAAUAUUUGGAUCUUGGACAAAACAGGUUAGAAGGCACAAUUCCAGAUGAGAUUGGUCAUCUUCAUAACUUGAAGGAAUUGAGGAUGGAACAAAACGCAUUAACGGGGUCAAUCCCUUUAAUCAUAUUCAACAUUUCAUCACUUGAAGUUUUAUCAAUGUGGAACAACCAGCUUGAAGGACCUCUACCAAAAAAAGUUGGAAAUUUGACUAUGCUUAACAUACUUGAUCUUGCAAAUAAUACCUUGACAGGUGUAAUUCCAGAUGAAGUUGGUAAUCUUCAAGAGUUGGUUGGCCUUACAUUGUAUCUCAAUAACUUUAGUGGAUCUAUCCCUAUUGGUAUCUCCAAUAUCUCAACCCUUAGAGCUAUUUCCCUCACAAAUAACCACAUUUCAGGUAAACUUCCUUCCACUAUAGGCAAAGGGUUACCUAAUGUUGAAGGAAUUUAUCUAUUUGAAAACAACAUUAAUGGUGUUUUACCUUGUUCCAUCUCAAAUUUGUCCAAGCUUGCUGUUCUCGAACUCGGUGGAAAUGUUCAAUUCCUGAGUCUUUAG